CUGCGAUGACGUCGGGAACGUGUUCGCCAUAAUGACAGUAAACCAACAACAAAAAAGCCACAUUAUACACUUUAAGGUUUGGCUGUGAAAUUCCCCGUGUACCGUUAACUUGCGGCAGUCGGGUUUGGAUCCGUAUCGACAUAAUUAGGUCUUGGAAACUUCUGACAAAACUGAGGAACUGAACGGAACAUUGAGUAGUUAUGGCGUCAGCAUCUGCCAGUGUGGACUCCAAGGCAGAGCUGACUGCUCUACUGGAACAGUGGGAGAGGGAACAGCAAGGCAGCACACAGGAGCUAGUUAACAUCCUCACCAAAAUCUCCGAGCUUGUUGAGAAGGAGACUGAAGAGUACCACAAAGCAGACCCAGACCCCUUUGAUGACCGACAUCCUGGGAGAGCUGAUCCAGAAUGUUCAUUAGGGCAUUUGCUCAAGAUCCUGUUUAAGAAUGAUGACUUCAUGAACACAUUGGUGAAUAGUUAUGUGAUGACCAGCAGAGAAUUUGCCCUCAAUGCAGAAGCUUGUCGUCUGCUUCAGAACAUUAUGCCUGGCCUGGAGACAGCAGUGGUCUUUCAGGAAAAGGAGGGAAUUGUUGAAAAAUUGUUCAAGUGGGCUCAGGAGGCAGAGCAGCCGCUCAGAAUCUAUGCCACAGGCUUGUUGGCAGGUGCCAUGGAGAACCAGGACAUAGCAGCCAACUACCGAGAAGAGAACUCUGUUUUGGUGCCUUUGAUGCUCCAUCGCUUACGUGAGCUUCAAGAUAAAGAUGCGGAGACAAAAAGAGAAAUCAAACGUCCCAGUCCCAGAAAAACUCCAAGUGUACCUUUGCUGCCUUUGGAUGAGGAGACUGUCGAUGGAGGCUUUGAGAAGCCCUUCUCGCUCGGCCAAAACGGGGCUGAAACGGAAGGACCGGAACCAGGAGAGGAUGGCGAAAUGAAUCUUUCCGCCUCGGAGCCGGAGAACGAGCUUCCGUUUCAUCCCAGCGCCCCCCGCAAGGCCAACAACUGUGCCACCUCGGGCGUUAAAACAAUGAUGAAGCCCAUAUCAGCCUCUGGCUCACCUCUGCAUCUAGGCACCUCUGAUGGGAGUAGCUACCUCAAAAGAAAAGCAGAGAAAGAAAGCGGCAGGUCCGCAAAGCACAAGUCGAAUUUCUCCUUGCCAGAAGCAGAAAGGAAUAUAAGCGAGCUUUCCAACAGCAGCUGGUCAGAGAUGAGCCCUUGGGUGAUUGGCAACAGUUACCGUUUAUACCCGCUGACGCCAGAGAUCGAGCAGAGACUCAUUUUGCAGUAUCUCACUCCUCUGGGAGAAUAUCAGGAGCUGUUGGCCGUGUUUAUGCAAAUGGGUGCCCGUGAGCUGCUGUUGCAUUAUAUGGAUCUAAAGCAGACCAACGAUGUGCAGCUCACAUUUGAGGCGCUCAAGUACUUGGCUUCUCUUCUGCUUCACAAGAAGUUUGCCGCAGAGUUUGUGGCGCACGGAGGAGUUCAGAAAUUGCUGGAAAUCCCGAGGCCUUCGAUGGCUGCCACUGGAGUGUCCCUGUGCCUCUACUACCUUGCCUAUAACCAGGAUGCCAUGGAAAGGGUGUGUAUGCUGCCCCCCUCGGUCCUGUCGGACGUGGUUGGCUACACACUGUGGCUGCUGGAAUGCUCGCACGCAUCGGGCUGUUGCCACGCCACCAUGUUCUUCUCCAUUUCCUUUGCUUUCCGCGCCGUGCUGGAGCUCUUCGACAAACAGGACGGCUUGCGACGUCUCGUCAAUCUGAUUAGCACAUUGGAAAUCCUAAACCCUGAUGACCAGGGGGCGUUGCUGAGUGACGACGACAUUUUCUCCAGCAGGCAGACAGCAAAGCACACAUGCAUGGCGCUGCGCAGGUACUUUGAGGCUCAUCUGGCCAUCAAGGUGGAGCAGGUGAAGCAGUCCCUGCAGCGCACGGAAGGAGGCGCUCCAAUUCACUCGCAGCCCUACUACAAGGCGGUCAGUUACAGCCGCGAGCAGGUAGUGGAAAUGAUGGAAUUCCUCAUCGAGCACGGCCCUCUUCGUUUAUAUUGGGAACCAGCGGAGGUCUUCCACAAACUCUCUUGUGUCCAACUCCUCCUGCAACUCAUUUCCAUCGCAUGUGACUGGAGGACCUACUAUGGCCGGAGCGACACUGUGCGUUAUGCACUUGACACCCUGAGUAUUCUCACUGUUGUACCAAAGACUCAAAUGCUGCUGUCCGAGACUGUUGCUGUCGUCGAUGAGAGCGGGUCUACUAUUUCUAGCGCAGGAAUGAACAUUGUUCUGGCAGUGGCAGAGGGAGAAGUGUUGAACGAUGCCGAGAUCCAGAAGUCUGCCCUGCAGGUUGUCCUUAACUGCGUGUGCGCGCCCGACAAACGCAUGUCCAGCAUUGGGAAGUUUAUCGCGGGCACUCCGCGUCGUCGCCUCCCUCACAUGACCAAAGCCAGCGAGAAUGUGCUCACAAAGAUGUGGAAUGUGGUGCAGUCCAAUAAUGGCAUUAAGGUGCUGCUGUCCCUGCUGACAGUGAAGAUGCCUAUUACGGAUGCGGAUCAGAUCCGAGCUCUUGCCUGCAAGGCCUUGGUUGGUCUGUCUCGCUCCACUUCUGUCAGGCAAAUCAUCAGCAAGCUGCCUCUAUUUAGCAGCGGGCACAUCCAGCAGCUCAUGAAGGAGCCCGUGCUCCAGGACAAACGCAGCGAGCACGUCAAGUUCUGCAAGUUCGCGGCGGAGCUCAUGGAAAGAAUAUCCGGGAAACCGUUGCUGAUCGGCACCGACGUAUCCUUGGCGUGGCUGCAGAGAGCCAGCGUGGUGGCCCAGUCCAGAAUCACCUUUCCGCAGAAAGAGCUGCUGCUGCUCAUUAGGAACCACCUGGUAGCCAAAGGCCUUCACGACACGGCCGCUGCCCUCACCAAGGAGGCCGAGCUCCCGAUGGCGUGCGUGUCUCAUUCGCCUUUUGUCUCCGUCACUCCCCCGAACGCCCCCAUCGCCAGCCUACCUCGCACCCCGCGGCUGACCAAUGGCGUCGGCUCGAGACUCGCCAGCCACCCGUCUCAUUCAUCCACCCCGUCGCCCGGCCAUUUACAGCCGCGCCCCUCCACGUCGCAACCCGCCGCGGCCGCCUUGCCGUCAACGCCACACUGCGGCAACAGCUCCCCUUUGAUCGGCCGCAUCGUUUUCUCCCGCGAGCGGCACGCGUGGUGCGGCGCGAGCGGCUGCAAGAAACCUCGAGUGCUGAGGCAAAAGUCCGAUCACGGCGCCUUCAGCCAGACGCCGGCGAUGAAGAAGCAGUUUGACAGGCACAUGCCCUCUCCCCCCGCAUUAGACGGCAUCAUCACAGAGUACCUACGGGAACAGCACGCGCGCUGUAAAAACCCAGUGGCCACCUGCCCGCCCUUUUCUCUCUUCACCCCUCAUCAGUGCCCUGAGCCCAAACAGAGACGGCAGGCACCUCUCAACUUUACGUCGCGACACACGAGGAGGGUCAUAUAUCCCAAAUACGGAGGAGUGGAUGGAGGAUGCUUUGACAGACACCUCAUCUUCAGCAGGUUCCGUCCCAUUUCCGUUUUCCGGGAAGCUGAUGAAGAUCAGAGUGGCUUCACAUGUUGUGCCUUCUCAGCCCGUGAACGCUUCCUGAUGCUUGGAACUUGCACGGGACAAUUGAAACUCUACAAUGUGUUCACGGGCCAGGAGGAGGCCAGCUACAGCUGUCACAGUUCAGCCAUCACUCACCUCGAGCCCUCUCGGGACGGCUCCUUAAUUUUAACAUCUGCCUCCUGGAAUUACCCAACAUCUGCACUGUGGGGGAUGAAGUCGGUGUUCAUAAUGAAGCAUUCGUUUCUGGGUGACCAUUAUGUGGAGUUCAGCAAGCUGUCACAAGAUCGUGUCAUUGGGACUGAGGAGCAUCUAGCGCAUAUUUAUGACACCCAGACAUGCCAAGUGACACUGACUCUAAACAACCCCGACCUGGCGAAUAACUACAAGAGGAACUGUGCCACCUUCAACCCCACAGAUGACCUGGUACUCAACGACGGCGUGCUGUGGGAUGUGCGCUCGGCUCAGGCCAUCCACAAGUUUGACAAGUUCAACAUGAACAUCAGUGGCGUGUUCCACCCCAAUGGCCUCGAGGUCAUCAUUAACACGGAAAUAUGGGAUCUGCGAACCUUCCACCUGCUUCACACAGUUCCUGCUCUGGACCAGUGCAACACGGUCUUCAACAACAAUGGCACCGUUAUUUAUGGAGCAAUAUUACAGGCUGACGAUGAAGACGACAUGAUGGAGAUGCAGAUGAAAAGUCCUUUUGGUUCAUCGGUCCGGACUUUCAACGCCACAGACUACAAACCCAUCGCCACCAUUGAUGUCAAGAAGAAUAUCUUUGAUCUGUGCACAGACUCGAAAGACUGCUACCUUGCUGUGAUCGAAAACCAAGACUCCAUUAACACGGACACAGUCUGCCGGCUUUAUGAAGUUGGACGGCAAAGACUGGCAGAGGAACAGGAGGAGGAAGAGGAGGAUCAGGAGGAUGAUGAUCAGGAGGAAGACGACGACGACGACGACGACUCCGAUGACGACGUGGAUACGGAUCGCCUUAUCGCAGAGCUUGAGAACGAAAAUGGCGGAGAUGAUGAUGACGAUGGGAAUGAUGAGUUCUCUCCCUCCGAUGAUGAAGUGGCUCGCCUCCUCGAGGAGGACUUGGAUGCAGGGGACGACGACGAGGAUAAUGAUGACGACUCUGACAAUGAUGAUGCGGAACUGGAUGUGGACAAUGACAGCUCCGACAACUCCGACCUUGAGGAUGACAUCAUUCUGUCCUUGAAUGAGUGAGCGCCAGUGAGCGGCCCUGACCAACCGGACACCAAGUCAAGCCCUUUGCGCCGUAGACGUGAGCUAUGGAUGAAGAGGCAAGAACGAGAGCCGGAUCAGCGGACGCGGCAGGAGAGUAUGAAGCCCAGAGAUGAGUCAGAACACCGCGAUUGUAUGUGAUUAUAGUUUUAUAGGAAGGCUUGAUGUGGCGGGAACCACCUGGUAUGUGGGUGCAUUUAGAACAUUUCAUAUUUUAUUCACAAACCUUUUAAAAAGUAUUUCUGUUUAAUAAAGACCUCACACACGCAGCAAUUUGGUGACACAGGGUUGGGCUCCAUUCUAGGGGUGAAGUUGUGUUUCUAAGAGUGUAAUGCAUCCGUAAGCGUAGAGUUGUAAGCAUAGAGUGGAAUAGUCAUCACAAAUGUGCUUUAGUUUUGGAUUUAGGUUGCUAAAUGAAUGCAAAGAUCAGAGCAGUUGCUAUUCUAUCGCAUGGCCUCUUGCUUUUAAGACAGAUCAGUUGAAUUGAUUGGGCACUCCUGACUUGCUGAACCAAACCCAAUCGAAUGCCUGAAAGUGACAAAACUGCCAAAAUGCUUCCUGUGCAAUUCUUACGUGCACUCUCGUACUUGGACAGCUGUGUUCUUUCCUGCGCCCAGUAAGGUUUUGGAUGAAGACCGAUGUGCUUUUGCUAAGAAAUGAUGAGAGAAGAUUGAACUGGACAAAAAAGUAUAAAUAUCUGGUGAUGAAAAUAACAUCUAUUUUUGAUUUGAAGUUCAUUUCUAGGCAGAUUCAAGCAUUGAGCUCCGGCUCAAUUUUAUAAAGCCACUUCGGUAAAAGAGUUAAUUGUUUUUCUAAAUGAUAAUUUCUGGUAUGUUCAUUUUAUCAGCUUUUUUUUCCCCCACAGGAAGAUUUUCUUGAGACGUUUAAUGUACAGCUUGUAUGUAUCUAAAAGUAUUUUUCUUAUAAAUAAAACUUAAGAAUUACA